AACUCCUCAUCUCAGGAAAAAAACAAAAAACCUAGAAGUCGUUGAGAUCUCUUCCCUCGAGCCGUUGCCACAUUGGAGCACGCGCACCUGCUGCGCAUUUGGGACUAUCACCACCCACCUGCUCAAAGGCGCACAGGCGCGGAGAUGUCCAAGAAGAUCCAGGCCGGCUCGGUGGUGGAGAUGCAGGGAGACGAGAUGACCAGAGUCAUCUGGGAGCUCAUCAAGGAGAAGCUCAUCUUCCCUUACGUCGAAAUGGACCUGCACAGCUUCGACCUGGGCAUGGAGAACCGCGACGCCACGGACGACCGGGUGACGGUGGAGGCGGCGGAGGCGGUGCGGCGCCACAGCGUGGGCAUCAAGUGCGCCACCAUCACGCCCGACGAGAAGCGCGUGGAGGAGUUCGGGCUGAAGCAGAUGUGGAAGUCGCCCAACGGCACCAUCCGCAACAUCCUGGGCGGGACGGUGUUUCGCGAGGCCAUCAUCUGCAAGAACAUCCCCCGCCUGGUGCCCGGGUGGCUAAAGCCCAUCAUCAUCGGCAGACACGCCCACGGGGACCAGUACAAGGCCACGGACUUCGUGGUGCCCGGCCCGGGGAGGGUGGAGAUGACCUACACGCCCAAGAGCGGCGAGCCCGUCACCUACGUCAUCCACGACUUCGAAGGCACCGGGGGCGUGGCUCUGGGGAUGUACAACACGGACCGGUCCAUCCGGGACUUCGCCCACAGCUCCUUCCAGAUGGGCCUGACCAAGGGCUGGCCCCUCUACCUCAGCACCAAGAACACCAUCCUCAAGAAGUACGACGGCCGCUUCAAGGACAUCUUCCAGGAGAUCUACGAGAAGGAGUACCACGCUAAGUUUGAGGAGAAGGGCAUCUGGUACGAACACAGGCUGAUCGAUGACAUGGUGGCCCAGGCCAUGAAGUCGGAGGGCGGCUUCAUCUGGGCCUGCAAGAACUACGACGGGGACGUGCAGUCCGACUCCGUGGCCCAGGGGUACGGGUCUCUGGGCAUGAUGACCAGCGUGCUGAUCUGUCCCGACGGCAGAACUGUGGAGGCGGAGGCAGCCCACGGCACCGUCACCCGCCACUACCGCCAACAUCAGCAGGGCAAGGAGACCUCCACCAACCCCAUCGCGUCCAUCUUUGCGUGGACCCGGGGCCUGGCCCACCGCGCGGAGCUGGACGGGAACGCGGAGCUGCGCGUCUUCGCCCAGGCUCUGGAGGCCGUCUGCAUCGAGACCAUCGAGGCCGGCUCCAUGACCAAGGACCUGGCCGCCUGCAUCAAGGGCCUGCCCAAUGUCACGCGCUCAGAUUAUCUGAACACCUUCGAAUUUUUGGAGAAGCUGGCGGAGAACCUGAAGAUUAAACUGUCGAGCCACCCCAAACUGUGA